AUGGAGCGUAUGGGCGAAAAGGACAUUGUGACGGUCCCUGAAAUCGUGGCAGUGCAACAGCCCGAUGCCGCCUCCGACAUGGACAUGGAGGAGCUAGGCUCACACCACCACCACACGCAACAACAGCAACCACAGCCUUCUUCUUCUUCUUCUUCUCCAACGCCUCCUUCUCCUCCUGCCCUCCCCAAAGAACACGACGCUUCCGAAAAUGCGUCUGGCAUCACAGAAAUCGGCUACCAGCACCGCAUCCGCCUGGCCAAGAACCAGGCUACCGGCGCAUACGCUCCCGUCCUCGAGGAGCGCUUCCGCAACAACCUCCGCCUCGCCGUCGGCUUCCUCGAGCUCGCCAACGCCGGCGACUUUGCCGCCAAUGUCUGGAAUGACAUCCCAGUCCCCGUCUACGCCAUGGUCCUCAUGGCCAUUGGUGCCACGGGAGCCGGCAUCCUCUCCGUCUUUGCGUUUGACGACGCCCGCUACGCAUGGCGCAACGUUGUCUUCCUGCGCCGCCAGCGCGCCCAGCUGAAGGAGAGCCUGGAACGCCGCGAGGCCCAGGGCCACAGCAGUCGCGAUGUCAGGGUCCUGCUCGAGCUCAACCUGCGCGAGCUCGGCUGCGAGACGGUCAACCGCUUCGGCAUGGACGUCCUCAUGGGCUUUGGCGCCGUGCUCAUAUGCAUCGGCACCUACAUGGCCAUCGGAGGCGCCAACAGGAAGGUCUGGCUGACUAGUAACAUCUUGUCCGGCUACCUCGGAAACGCCCCGAUUGCGCUCUAUGGUCUUGUCAACUCGGGCUGGGCCACCUACCUGUCCGUCAAGACUGAGGGACAUGUCAAGGCCACCGCCCGCGCCUUGCCCGGCUCGCUCGACUACAGGCUCGUCAGGCAACGCGCCAAAAAGCUACAGCUUUACUGCGGCAUUAACGGCACCAUCACCCUCGUGGGAGGCGUUGCCUCCAUGCUGACGGCGACGCAAUGGUGGGCCUACGUCAUCCUCAUCCCCGUCAUCAUCCUCUCCCCCACCUGCAACUGGUUCUGGCGGACGCGACUGGGCUACAGCCACGACGACAUGCGCCAGAUGCCCGACAUGGACGUCGACAAGCUCUCCAAAGUCCUGCGCUUCGCCGCCGAGGCACGAACUGGCAUCGCGCGCAACGCCGAAGUCGCCGAGAAGGACCUGGUGCGACAGGCCGCCACCCUGCCCCAGGCGCUCGACCUCAUCGACACGUCGGGCCUGCUCGAGGCCUUUUGCAUCCGGGUCGUCUCCGACAGCCGCCUCUGCUACGCCCUAUGCGACCCCGGCGCCGAGCACAUAGAAAUUUCGCUGGCCGACAUUGCUGCCCUCCCCGACGCCCUCCACCCCGCCUUGCUGGAAGCCGCGCACGACUGUCUGCGCUCUGCAGGCGUGCGUCGCUUUGCCCACCUCGAGCGCUUCAGCGCCGAGCUGCUCGGCAUCUAUCUUCACCAAUCUCAAGUAUCCGCCGAUCCGGAAUCUGCACGGAAAUAA